AUUUUUUUUUUCCUUUACCCCUCCUCCAUAAUCUUGCCUGCCUUGUUUCCCUUUUGCUCUCAGAGCUCAGGCGUUGUGGUGAGGAGCAGAACCGAGGCGAGGUCACCAGCUACUCUCAGAAAAAGAGGACAGGAGCGUUUAUCUGAUUUUUAAGCGACAGACAUUUCGGUGCCGCUCGUGCGUUGAGCUUCAGUAAAAUGGAUACUCAAUCCUCCCAGAUAUCGUCGUCGCAAGGUCUCCCCGAUGGACAGAAUUCUGCUGCCAAAGAAUCCAAAGUGUCCGAUUCCUUUCUUUCCUAUUCGCCUGUAUCUCUCAUUCAGUCUUCUCAAGACAAGAGAGGGGUCCUAGGCUCUGACAAGUCCGCCGAAGGUGUAGCCUCAUCCCUCCGGUUUUCUUCUCAACCAGGCUCAUUCUCACCUAGCAAUUACAGCACUGACACGUCUCCAACAGAUGGACAAGAUUCUCCAAUUAAAGUGUCUCCAGUUUCAGAGCGAAUCAAGGCACUCGAAGCCCUUGCAGCCAAAAAAAAGGAACCAGAUUUUAGAGGCAAUGGAAGUUUUACUCACUUAAGGGAAAGACACGGUGAAAAAUCUGCUCCUGAAGGCUCCAAAUUUGCAGCCGAGGGGCUCAAAUCUUCCACUGAAAGCUCUAAAGCUCCAUCCGAGGGGCUCAAAUCUUCCACUGAAAGCUCUAAAGCUCCAUCCGAGGGGCUCAAAUCUUCCACUGAGCGCUCUAAAGCUCCAUCCGAGGGGCUCAAAUCUUCCACUGAGAGCUCCAAAUCUGCAGCCGAGGGGCUCAAAUCUUCCACUGAUGGCUCCAAAUUUGCAGCCGAGGGGCUCAAAUCUUCCAAUGAAAGCUCCAAAUUUGCAGCCGAGGGGCCUCAGAAUACAGACAGUUGUGCUGAUCUGGAGUCACCAGAAUCACCGUUUGAAAUCCUUGGAGAAACGAGAAAAGUUGGUGAAUUUGAGGAGACCGAACAGUGGAUGAAGGCACAUUUACCCCCGGUGCCAGAUUUUGAGGUUGGUGGUUUCACUAAAAGCACAAACUUGGACUUUAGAAAGGAGACGAGUACAGAGAUACCUCCUGCAUUUGCUGACGUUCCCGAUGCUUUCAUGGAUCGACCCGUUGAAGGUCCAACACAAAAAGAGGAAUUUGUUGAAGAGAAAAAAUCAGAGGUUGAAGAGUUUGAUGUUAGCUUUUUGCCAACGGCUUACAUGUGGGAUCCUAAAGGCAAAUCAAGUGUAGAGGAUCCAUCUAAUAUUGAUUCGAUGAUGAUGGCUUCACCUGCUCCUCCCGCAGGGUUUGGGUCCACAUCUCCUCCUUCGUCGCCUCCCAUCUGCACUGCCGCCAAUCAGAACAUUUCUGAUAAAGGCUUUUGGAUGGGAGACAUAGAGCAACCAGAGGCAAAUGAAGGAGAUAGUUCAGGAGAGUCAGAUGAUACAGUCAUUGAGGAUCAUGUUGUUGUAACUGGAUCUAAUGACACCACUGAUCCUACGCAGACACCUGCUGAUGCUUCCACAGAUAAGAAAGAAGCAGCUUCUCCAAAGCCAGAGAGAAGGCUAAUGCAGGUUCCAACCAUAAAUGUGAUCGAGACUGACGAACCCAAUUACAGCGACGAAGAGAUGGAACUCGAGGUGGAGGAAGAUGAUGACUAUGAGGUUGUGAAAGGUCCAGACACUCCGGAACCGAAACCACAAAGCUACGAAGAUAAAUUGAUCAGAACUCGACCAUUAGAAACUGAAUUUAUGGAAGGCUACUCGCCUCCAUCCUCACCUGUGGAUUCAGAAUCUGAAUAUUCCCCAAAACACAAGAUUCUCGACUCUACGUCUGGAACGGAGGAUGAGACGUCUGGCCUAAAGUCGGAGGUGUUCCCCAAUCCGGCGGACAAAACGCAGAACAUAGAAAAUGAAAUCGGCAAAGAAACUUCCCCUUUUGAAGGAGGAAACGAAGAAGUAGAUUUCCCCGACAAUGACGACGAUUGGUCAGAUGAAGCCCAGGAAAUACUUUUCAAACCCUCAAGAGCUGAUCCGUCAUCUCAAGAACCCGUCAUGCCCAACCAGCCUGCGGUCAGAGAAACGAUCACCGCAGCAGCAGAAGAAGCUUAUGUAAAACCUGCUGCUCCUCCCAUGUCCAGCUUCAUGCAGGACGAUAUCUACGACAGACAGUCGUUUGAUUACGACUUUGACAUAGGCUCUUCUCUGGAUCAGUUUGAUGUGAGAAAGUUGAACGCAAAGGAACGCUUCCUGUCUGAUCCGGCUCAAAAGGACGACGCCGACGACAAACUGGAUCUGGACAGCGCCAUUUCGCUGAACGGCGAUGACAUUGCUAAAUCUGAUAGCCAACCAUCUUUAGAAGAUUAUCCAGAGAACCCAUACUCCAGUUUCCAAGGUGAGACGAUGAGCUCUGCUGAAAGACAAGAGGUCGUGGAGGAAACUAAUGUCAACAUCCAUGCAGACGACGAGGAAAACGGCAACAUGCUUGCAUCUCAGUUGGACCCAGAAGGAACUAACGUCAGCAGCUCCGCUUCUGAGCCUGUGGAUAGUUUUUUAGAAUUCAUGCGAGAAUGCCUCAAGUCAAAGCAGGAUGAAGAAACUGACAAUGUCCAUCUGGAGCUUCCGUAUGACGCAUCGUUCCCCCCUCACUCCCAGGCUUCUCCAAGCACGGCCACAGAUUUAGAACAAGAGUGCCUCACAAUCAGUGCUCUUAAAGAUUUAAGCAUCAACCAAGAAGAUGAGGAAGAGUCCGUUAAUCAGAAUCAGCCAAAGUCAGAUUUUACCCCAACACAGCCGCCAUCCUUUUCCUCAGACGCCAAACCUCCCUGCUACCAGAGCAUCCGCCCGUAUUCCAGUGAGGUGGAGGCCAUAGACGAAUGGGUAGCUGAAGCCUACCAUCUUGCAGAGCAUGUCUUGACAGCAAUACUAACCCACUUAUCAGUCCACGACCUGAUUCACUGGCGGGACCCCAAGAAGUCUGGCGUGGUGUUCGGCCUGUCGCUGCUGCUGCUGCUGUCGCUGGCGGCCUUCAGCGUCAUCAGCGUGAUCUCCUACCUGCUGCUGGCUCUGCUCUGCGUCACCAUCACCUUCCGCAUCUACAAGUCCGUCAUCCAGGCCGUGCAGAAGUCCAGCGACGGACACCCGUUCAAAGCGCUGAUCGAGAAGGAUGUCAGCAUCCCUCCGGAGACGUUCCGCAAGCACGUGGACACCAGCCUGACCCACAUCAACCGUGCCCUGAAGCAGAUGAGCCACCUGUUUCUGGUUGAGGACCUUGUGGACUCUCUAAAGCUGGCUGUGGUCAUGUGGCUGAUGACUUAUGUGGGAGCAGUUUUCAACGGGAUCACCAUCCUCAUCCUCGCGGAUAUCCUGCUCUUCGCUGUACCCCCCAUCUACGAGAAGAACAAGACCCAGAUUGAUCAGUACAUCGACCUCAUCCGCACUCAGGUCAACAACACGAUCGCAAAAUUGCAAGAGAAACUUCCGGGAGCCAUGAAGCGCAGCAAAGCUGAAUGAUCCGCCAUCGGAAAGCCUCCAUGUUUCCAUCCUCCUCAUCUCCAUCACCGUCUGAGAGAAAAACACCCUUUUAUCUCCCCCCGCCCUCAUCACUGAACCGUGCUAGCUAGAUCUCAGAGCUACUCGAUGUUUAAUGUCAAACUACUGCGCAGCUUCACUUGCAUAAAAAAAAAAAAACGGAGCCGUGCCUGUAGAGCUUCUGAUCAGGUCAUGUGACGCUGCGGCGGCGGCUCCGGUGAACUAGACUGAAUCUAUGAGCUGGUUUGAUCCCGAGCAGCGCCGCCUACCCCCCCAUGCACUGAUCCCCGUUUCCUUUUAGCCAGCUGCGAUAAUUCGCUCUAGUUCACCGCGUUUUGUUUUGUUCUGGAAACUUCUGUUCUUGUAAAUAAAAGCUGAACGACGACACAGGCGACCAUCGGCCCUAGCUUUUUAUACUGAAGGAAGCCCCUCCCCCCUCAGUGUCGAGCUCUUGUAUAUUUUGAUUCUAAUGAUUACUACUUAGACCUGCUCUGUGUACGAGCGGCUGCUUGGACUCCAUAACGGCUUUCUAAGACUUCCGUUAGCUGUUACUGAUCUUAAUUAGCUCGUUAAGACCUCACCCUUUAGGAAUAAGCCGCACGCCCACGUGUUUAGAGGAGUCCUCAAUCUUAAGCCCCGCCCCCCUCCAUGGUUUUCUCAGAUUGCUGUUGUGUUGAGUGUAAAAUGUGAUCGUUUUGUAUUUUUUUUUUUUUUUUUGCCAAAUAAAAGCUGUUCGUUUUAAUUUAAGAUAAAGGCUGUGAUCUGGAAAAAAAAAUGGCUAAAAUUAAAAAAAGUAAUGUAAAAGUGAAAAGAUUUGUUUGUGCUGUGAUCCUUUCUUUGUUUUUUGUUUAAUUUGGGACAUAUUUUACACUCCAUACAAUUUCCCCGGUGACCCUGAAGGAGGAAAGAGGUUUGUUACGGUUAGAAGGUGCCAUUUUGAAUUUAAAGUAUUCGUUUUUCUUGGACUGCAUGUUGUAGUAUAAGCUGGAAGUGAUCUCCUCCUCUUCCCUAUUUACUCUGUACUAUAUUGAUCCAGAUUUUGUUCAAUAAGAUUCCUACUCGUGAUGUUUCUGUGCUGUUUCUGAACCGUAGUGAUCUGUUGCCCUGCAGCUCCAUCUUUUUCUUAUUUAAGGACAAGAGUGAGAAGAAAGUCAUCUGCACACUUAAAAGUCACUUUUAUCCAGAUCCAGGAUCUGCCUGCAUGUCCCAGCCUCCUGAAUAAGCAGCAUUGGAAGGUCCUAUUCAAUCUGUUGCUCUGAAGUAUGGGGCUAAGUUA